AUGUCGUCCCCUUUCGACCAACCUCCCCGAUUCGACGCCAAGCAGUUCCGUGAAGCACAGGAGAUCCUCCCCGGUCUCUUCCUCAGCGGGGCAUUGAUCUCAGAGUCGCGUGAAAAGAUGAAGGAGCUCGGGAUCACGCACAUUAUCCAAGUGACAGAUGUCCCUACUCCCAGAUUCCCGGGAGAGUUCAUCUACAAGGUGAUUCCUGUCCCUGAUAUGGACGAGACCAACUUGAUCAAGCAUUUCACGGAUACCUAUACUUUUAUUCAUGGUGCCAUUGAGAGCGGGAAGAAGGUUCUUGUUCAUUGUCAGGCGGGAGCAUCUAGGAGUGUGACAAUUGUGUGCGCGUACUUGAUGAGGGAGAAGAGUAUGUCGGCUCUUGAGGCCUUGAAGCACGUCCAAUCCCUUCGAGAGGUCGCGGAACCCAAUGAUGGGUUCAUGACACAGCUACUUCUUUACGCUGAGAUCGAGCACGAUGUCAAUGUCAACCGGACUGCUUACAGACGCUUUUUGAUCGCCUCCAACGCCGCCCAACGUGAGAUGCUCGGAUAUAUUGAGGAUAUGACAUUGGCAACGGAUCCUCUAAACGCACCCGCACGUGCCGCAGCAACAACGGCAACAGCUAUGACAGCAGGGAUCCAGCAAGGGCCACUCAAGUGCAAAAAGUGCCGCCGUGCGCUUGUGGCUCGCGACAGUGUUGUCACUCAUACCCCUGGACAAGGCCAGGCUUCGUUCGGAUACAGGAAGCGUGAUGCCACCCUUCAUAUCUCGGAGGCGGUACAAACAGAUAUUUCCAAGAUUACGCCAAAGGCAGCUACGGUAUGCCAGUCGUACUUUAUCGAACCUGUCGAGUGGAUUCAGGAACUGCAUGGAAUGGAGGGCAAGAUCUCGUGCCCGAAAUGCGACUCGAAGCUGGGAACUUUCAACUGGUCGGGCGAGCAGUGUUCUUGUGGAUCUUGGGUCACUCCUGCCUUCAUGAUGCAUAAGGGCAAGGUUGAUGGAUAG